AGCGUUACUCUCGCACACACGUUACAUGUGAAAGUAGCAGUAAUAUUCGGGACAAACUCAGAGUCUUUGAUGGUCUCAGAUUAAUCUCAUUUUAGAGUUUAAUUACUGCAGAAUUAAAGUAAUCCCUAUUUAAAGUCCUCGGAGGUCCCCCGGUGAGUCCCCGGGCCUCAGUUUGAGCACCUGCAGCCACAGUUGUCUUGAGAGUGAUUAAAAAUGAAGCGCCAUGGAGACGCGCGGGCCAAUGGAGGAGCGGGAAGCUGUUUACAAGGGGGAGUCCCGUUUCUAUGGCUGCGGGACAAACCUCCUGCUGCAGGUAUUAAACUGCCUCCCGACGGCCUGCAGCCGCUGACCGCACAGAACCGAGCUCAUCCACAGGAAUCCGUCAGCGUCUCCACCCGCUGAACCAGUGAGCAACAGGUGCAGCUCACUCAGGAGGAGCUGAACAUCCGACAACAGCUGCACGUUUGGAUUUAAAAAGUCUCCGUUCAACAGCGGAGAAGAAAAGAAGGCGGUGGCAGGAAGAAGAGGAGGAGGAGGGUGACAGAGAGACAGAGAGAGAGAGAGAGAGAGAGAGAGAGAGCCAUGCUGUCUCUGAGCUGUGCUGACCCCUGGCCUGAAGGCUCGGUGGGCCUGGAGGAGGAGGUGGUGACGGCGGCGGCUCAGGCGGAGGAGCGGGACGGCGUCAACAACAACAACAACAACAACAACACAAACACCAACGACAGCAACAACAACAGCAGCUGCAGCUCCAUCAACCUGGACGACAGCCUGACCAGCCUGCAGUGGCUGCAGGAGUUCUCCAUCCUCGGUGCCAACGUGCCGCAGCAGUCCCACCACCAGCCGCACCUGUUCGGCCACCAGCCGCCGGGUUCCGACGCCCCGGCCUCCCCUCUGGCCGGGGACCCCGCCUCCAUCGGCAUGCCUCUGACCCCCGGGAAGCCCACAGCGGCGGCCUACAGCAGGAUGCAGUCCCUCCCGGGCAUCGUGGCUCACGGCCACUGCCCCGACGAGGUGGACUACAAGACCAACGCGCACAUCAAGCCGCCGUACUCGUACGCGACGCUCAUCUGCAUGGCCAUGCAGGCGAGCAAGAAGAGCAAGAUCACUCUGUCCUGCAUCUACAAGUGGAUCACCGACAACUUCUGCUACUACAGACACGCUGAUCCCACCUGGCAGAACUCGAUCCGACACAACCUGUCACUCAACAAGUGCUUCAUCAAGGUGCCGCGGCAGAAGGACGAGCCGGGGAAGGGUGGUUUCUGGAAGAUUGACCCGCAGUACGCUGAGCGUCUCCUGAGUGGCGCCUAUAAGAAGCGGCGAAUGCCUCCGGUCCAGAUCAACCCGGCCCUGCAGAGCCGGCUCAGGAUCAACCUCCAGCCCCAGUCCAGAGGCCCCUGGAGUCCCGCAGGAGGUCAGAGCGGCCUGCGCGUCAACCCAGAUUCCCAGCAGCUCCUCCGGGAGUUUGAAGAAGCGACCGGUGCCGACCAGAACUGGGACCCUCACCUGGCUGAGGGGACCAUGUUGGGGUCCUGGCCGCUGGUCAGAGGAAAAAGUGGGCAGAAGAGGAAACAGUCACUGGAAUCCAGACUUGGUGCCACCAAAGCUCCCCGACGCUCCAGCUCCCCGCUGCUCUCCAUAGACGAACAGAAGGAGAUCGGACCUCUGAAGGGGGACUUUGACUGGGACGCCCUGCUGGACUCGGCCCUCAGUGGAGAGCUCAGUCUGGAGGAAGGAGAACCUCUGAGCCCCAUCAUGAAGGAGGAGGACCUGACGGUCCGAGGGACCCACAUCUCUCCUGUUGAAGCUCCUGCAGGUGCGGCGGACAUCCAUGUGUUGGUGGAGACUCAGAGGAAUAAUGAGGUGUCAGACUUUGAUGAGGAGACCUUCCUCGCCACAGCCUUCCUGGAGAGCCCCUGGCCGGAGGAGGAGGAACAGUGCCGCAGUGACUUCCUCUGUAGUUCCUCCGUCAACCUGGACCAGCUGUUUGACCUCGGGGACUCGUUAGGCGGAGACCCGAGCGCCCGGAUCGACACCCUCCUUUGAGGAAUAGCUGCUGUCCAGCAGGUGAAGACACUCGACUAUCCUACUGAGGAACAACAGACUACUUUUUUUGUUUUGUUUUUUUUACACUUAAACAACUUUUAUUGUCCUUUUCAAGAUGUUUAAAGUAUUUUUAGAUUUAACUUCUGAUGCUGAUUGAUACAGGAAGUACAUGAUCCGCCAUCUGUCAUGUGAUGGUGUAAUUACACAGUUUGGCCACAAUUGUCUCCACCGCCCGGCGCCCUCGUCAGGAGCCAGAUGGAGCUCGGGAUGUUUGUAGGAACGCAGACGCAAACCUGGAAGUUAAAAAACAUUUUUGGUUGCUUUUAGCCAACAAUGGUAAUUUGUGUGUUAAACGUACUACAAGAAACUUUUAGCUGGUUAUGAAACAGAUUAAGUUUGAUGCCCCUAAGUCUCAUAAUUACAAAGAUUUUAGCCGAGUGUUAAUUAGGAAACAAGCUGCUCUGUAGUCUGGUGGGCCGGCAGCAGAUACUCCUGCAUGUCAUUUUAUAUUCGCCUUACAAACAAGUUACAUCUUGCUGUUGGCUUCUUACAACCGAGUGCCCACUCUGCCCACUCAAAGCUGACUUCGUUUCAUCCUGUAACAGUAACUAAUCUUACAUAACCACAAACAUUGAAAUUAAAAAAUACAUCUUUCUUCUGCCCACCAGUCUGAUCAGAAUCUUUACUGCUUCAGUCCACAGGGGGCGCCAGAAUCAACACAAACAAAGGUCCUUGUAGCUGCUUUAACCUAAACUGAACUCAAAGCAAACACUUCAUAUUUUACUUCACCACAGUGAGCGAAUGCACUAAUGUUGCAUCUCCAUUAGAUAAAAAAACGUCUUGUGGCUUUUUGAAUGUGGGCGUGAGCGACACGUCACUGUUUACAUUAAGAGUUGUCGUUCAUCAGGCUGAAUCUGUGGGACAAACAAGAUAAAAACACGCGACCUGAAUAUUUUCAGAAGACGACCGAUCUUCAGUUCUGUCUUUAUAGCAGCAAUGAUCGCCGCUGACAGAGAAGUAACUUGUUUCUUGUUUUAAUAUGAGUGUAAAUAUUGUGACUGCAGCACUACGAGGAUGAAAAAUGAGAUGUUUGCCAAAUGAUGUUUGGUGUAGAACUGAUUAACUGUAUUAGUUGUGUUUGUGUGUUUGGGGUUGUUGGUACUAACUGCUCUCUGUCUGCAUUUGUCAGAAAAUAAUUAGUAGAAAUGUUAGAAAUUAUGCAGGUUAAUUAUUUUUUUCAAGGGGGGUGAAAACAGUAUAUUUUCAUACAAGACUGAAAACAUUUAGAUUAACUUGGUAACAGAUCUCUUUGUCCAUGUGACAGCAGAGGAAAUGUCCAAGCUUCAUGUUGAAAAGUUCAAAUGGACACGAAAACGGCUCAAGGCAAAAUUCUCCAACAAAGACCCAUUAAGACUUUAAAAUGCUGACUUUAGAAAGAACACGGCGCCUGUAAAUGAAUACCUGACCUUCAAUGUGCCAAGAACAACACUUGGGACUCGACAGGGUGGCUGCGUUUUUAUUACAGAGAAGAAAAAAUGUCUUUUAUUUGUGGCGGUGUUCAUGAAGAGACGCUCACAAAAGAUCUGCUGCAGCCUGGAUUAAACAAAUCAGUCGAUAUUAACUCUAAAGAUGCAGUUAUGUUGCUCCUGUUUCCUCUAAAAUGUGUGAAAGUGCAAUCAAUGUACAGUUGUUCUAUUUUACAGUCAGUCUGUUCAUGCAGUUUACGCUGGAGUUUCACAGGUUUGUGUAUUAAGAGCUGUCAGUAAGGACUCUUAAUGAAAACAAAGCGACCCUGAAUGGUUUGUGUAUUAGCUCUUCUCGAUCAAUUAACACUUUUAAUGUCUCUUACCUCAUGAUUGGUUCAGUGAAGUCAGACGGACUGUAUGCAUUCCUUUACUCUCCUCUUUUUAUUUUAUUUUCCACUUUUCUUUGUCAAUAAAAAAAAAAUACAUUUCA